GACAAAAAAGAAGAAGCUUGGCAAGUAUCAAAAAUUAUUUGUUUGUGUUGCGACGUUUGUGUUCAAUUUUGUUUAUUUCGAUAAGAAGAUAAUGUUUAUAUAGCGUUGGAUAAAUAAUGCGGGAGCCAUUAUAGAGGUCUGAGCCAGCGAAGAAAGAAAGGUGAAAGAAAGGCCGAAAUGCUCCGAACAAAUUACCAUAAUUAAGGCGCCUGCCCAAUGGCUGACCAUUGAGAGAUAUAGCGAGAAAUACACGCACUUUUGUGCCGCGCUCAUCAACAAUCAACGCGAUCAAAUGCAAAUGAGGCGACAUCAACAUCAGUCAAGGCGCCGAAAGCGAAAUGUGCAUCAUCACGAAAGACACGAAAACUUUGGGCUAACAAUUGCAUAAUCGAGCUAACCGAACACGACCUCAUUUACAAAAUCGCAAAACCCUGAUCGGCCGACGAACGCAACACGAAGCAGAUAGAUCCAAAGUUUUGCAUUGAGUAUACGCAACGUGGACCGCAAUAAUGGAUCUAAUGGAGCUGCUGCAUCAGAUCUUUCUGUACAUAUUCGACAUUUUUAAGAUCUACAUUAAGUUUGCCCUCAUCACACUGGUUAUCUACUUCCUGGCCGAGUGGUAUAUCCUUCGUUAUGGGGCAGAAUUGGAGGCCGAAUUGGAUGCCCAUCUGGUGGAAGGUGCUGAAUUGAGAGACGAAACCCCGGAGCGACCUGAAUCGAAUAGCACUCUGAGCAAGGUGUUUCGAUUCGUGGUGAACUUUUUCAUCCUAUAGCCGACUCGAUUGAACCCACUUGUCAAGGUCAAUCGCACAGCUGAAUCGGUUUUGCUUUUUCGCGGAAUUACAAUUCGAUUCAGGCAGCCACAGCUCAAGGCUCUCGUCAAGAGAAUGUAAAAUCGAACCAGUUGCAUUUAACAACAGAAAAAUACAAAUACAAAACAACAAAAAAAUACAAUAAUACAAUAAAAACAACAAAGCAAAAGCUGCAAAGUAAACACAAUCUUUAUAUGUAAUAAACAAUAACAAUAAGGAGCUGUAAAAAACAA